UGUCAAGUAAAUAAUUCCUCAUUGGAGAAACUCUUACCCCUUCAUGAUUUUGUAUAUAAAUGGUGUGUGAGUCCAGUUACGGGUCUUCAUUCUAUCUUGCUUACAGUUCCUCAACUUCACAACCUUUAUUUUCACUUACCAUUUAUUUAGUUGGAGCUCAAGUUAAUUUUAACUAUGAAGUUUGCUUACAUAUCCAUCUUUAUAUCUCUCAGUCUUGCACUGGUGGCAACCCAUGCUACCUUACCACCUGAAUUGUAUUGGAAGUCCAAACUUCCCACAACUCAAAUUCCAAAAGCCAUCACAGAUAUCCUUCACCCAAGAAAGGGUGUAACAUCAGUGGAUGAUGGAAAAAUCAGUGUUGAUGGAAAAAUCAGUGUUAAUGGAAAAACAAGGAUAGUAUAUGAUGCAGCUCCAAUUUAUUUCUAUGAAAAUGAUGCAAAUGAAGCAGAAUUACAUGAUAAUCGAAAUUUGGCUAUGUUCUUAUUGGAAAAGGACUUGCAUCAUGGUACAAAAUUCAACAUACAAUUCACAAAGACCUCAGACCAUGGACCGACAUUCUUGCCUGGUGACGUUGCGAAUUCCAUUCCCUUUUCAUCAAACAAAUUGGAAAACAUCCUUAACUACUUCUCCAUCAAGCAAGGAUCGACGGAAUCUGAAAUUGUGAAGAACACAAUAAGUGAAUGUGAAGCAUAUGGUAUCAAAGGAGAGGAAAAGCUUUGUGUGACAUCAUUGGAAUCUAUGAUUGAUUUCACUACUUUGAAGCUUGGAAACAAUGUUGACACUGUUUCAACAGAAGUAAAUGGAGAAAGUGGUUUACAACAAUAUGUAAUAGCAAACGGAGUGAAGAAAAUGGGAGAGAACAAUUUGGUUGUGUGCCACAAACGGAAUUACCCUUAUGCAGUUUUUUACUGUCACAAAACAGAUGCAACUAAAGUUUACUCUGUGCCUUUGGAAGGUGCUGAUGGAAGUAGAGUUAAAGCUGUUGCUAUUUGCCACUCUGAUACUUCACAAUGGAGCCUUAAACAUUUGGCUUUUCAAGUGCUCAAAGUUCAACAAGGAACUUUUCCAGUUUGCCACAUCCUACAACAGGGUCAAGUUGUUUGGUUUUCCAAGUAAAAACACCAAUUCCAUCUUCUUCAAUAAUAACCACUAUAUAUAUAUAGAAGCAACUUCAAAAAUACUUAAUACUUGUAUUAUAAAUUGAGUUACUUUGAAUGUCCUACGAUAGAGACGGAGUUCAAAUCUCCUCAAGUAUGGUUGAAAAAUGGUCUUCAAUGUAACUUUAAAUAAAAACUUUGUA